AUGCCUCGGCGUCGAACGAAGCUCGGCGUCCGUGAGAAGCCCCAGCAGGCCCAAGGUGAGACCCAGGGGCUGAGGGGUGCCGAGGAGAAAGCAUUGCCCUCCUCGCUCCCUUCUCCUCUUCCAGCCGUCAGGCAGGGAAAGCCCGGCGCGAGGUCCCGUAGCUCUCGCAAGUGGCCCCGGAGAGCCGCGUCCGCCACCACUCAGUCUGCAGGUGUUCCUCGCGCAAGAUCAUCCAAAGGAGCCACCUGCAAAACCAAGAACAAGCGAAGUCCCUCCAGGGCCCCGCGUGCCUCUGCGCGGUCCCAAAGGGACCCUCUCGGCGAGGUGACCGGUAUGUUGGUGCAGUUCCUGAUGCAGAUGUGCAAGGUGAAAAAGCCUAUCAGGAAGGCAGAUAUGCUCAAGAUUGUCCAGAAAAAGCACAAGAAAUGCUUCCUUGAGAUCCUCAGAAGAGCGUCUUUCAGCAUGGAGGUGGUAUUUGGUGUUGACCUGAGGGAGGUUGAUGCCGUGAAGCAUAUUUAUGACCUUGUCAGCAAAAUGGAUCUCCCCAACAAUGGGAGGGUGGGCCGUGGCAGGGGGUUCCCCAAGACCGGCCUCCUGAUGCAUAUCCUGGGUGUGAUCUUCAUGAAAGGCAACUGCGCCACUGAGCAGGAGAUCUGGGAGUUCCUGAACAAGAUGAGAGUGUAUGCUGGCAAGAGGCACUUCAUAUUUGGGGAGCCAAGGAAGCUCAUCACCCAGGAUUUCGUGAAGCUGAAGUACCUGGAGUACCGCCAGGUGCCCGGCAGUGAUCCUCCAGGCUACGAGUUCCUGUGGGGCCCCAGAGCCCGCGCUGAAACCAGCAAGAUGAAAGUGCUGCAGUUUUUGGCCAAGAUUAAUCAGACCGACCCCAGUGCCUUCCCAUCCUGCUACGAAGAGGCUCUGAGAGACGAGGAGGAGAGAGCCCAGGCCGCAGUUCCGCUCGGGGCCGGCCCCGAUGCCCAGGCAGUGAGUGAGCCGGGGCCGUGCCCCGCAGCCCCUCCCGCCCCUGGGGAAGCUGCGGCCCAGUCUUCAUUCUGUGAUUGA